AUGAUGAAGGCAUUUCUUGAGAAGUAUUUCCCUACAUCUCGCAUCAUCAUGCUUAGGAAGAAGAUAAGUGGGAUCCAACAAGGGCAAGAUGAGUCCUAUGCAGAGUACUAUGAAAGGUUCAAGUCUCUUGUCACUCAAUGCCCUCAACAUGGCAUGAAGGAUGAGACCUUGCCCACUUGUUUCUAUGAUGGGCUCACAAGUUUGGAAAGAGACAUGCUAGAUGCAGCUUCUGGUGGAUCAUUUGUUGACAAGGAACCUGCGGCUGGAAUGGUCUUAAUUGAGAAUAGGGCCUUGAAUCAACAACAAUAUGGAAGCUCUAGGCCCAAAGCCACACGUGAAAAGGUCCAUGAGGUAAGUACUUUAGCUCAAUUGGAAGAUAAAAUUAACAAACUUACUUCUCUUGUGUCUCAGGGAACGCAUGGACAAGUCAUGGUGUGUGGAGUAUGUUCUAUGCAAGGGCAUGUGUCUGACCAAUGCCCUCAACUCAUGGAACAUGGAGGACUUGAAGGUGUCAACGCCAUAGGGUUCCAACAAGGGUACCAACGUCCUAGGAAUGAUCCAUUCUCAAACACCUACAACCCUAGAUGGAGAGACCACCCAAAUUUUCGUUGGAAGGACAAUGAGAACGUUCAAAGUGCACCUCAAGGCUUCCAACAACGUCCUCAAGGCUUUUAUCAAAAGCCUCAAGUCCCUAACCCUGCUCCUUUUAAUUCGAAUUUCAAUUCAAAUGCUUCUUCUUCUUCUAAUGAUGAAUUGAUCAAAACUCUAACUAAAUCUACUCAAGCUUUUAUUGCAAGUCAAACUCAUCAUGGGAACCAAAUCGAUGCCAUAUCCACGGAUGUAGCAGAGAUGAAGAAGCAAAUGAGCCAAGUUUUGGAGUUCAUGGGUAAGUUUCAUGAGCAAGGUAAGCUACCAAGUGGAACCAUCCCAAAUCCUCACUUUGAGCAAGCCAAGGCCAUGACUACAAGGAGUGGUAAGACCCUUGUAGACCCUCCUAAGCCUCAAAAGAAGGUCCCAACGUCAACAUUAGAGGAGGAUGAGGACCCUGCAACGUCUAAGGCUCAAGUGACAUCUCCACCUUCAAAUGCAAAACCGAAAACUCAAGGUAAUGUUUCUAACUCUUUCAAUUCGGUUAUUGCUAAUCAAUCUUCUUCUCCCUUACCUUUCCCAAGCAAAUUUGCCAAGUCCAAGAAGGAUGAGGCCGAAAAGGCUAUCUUGGAAACCUUCAAGAAGGUGCAAGUGAAUAUCCCUCUCCUUGAGGCUAUAAAGCAAAUUCCUAAGUAUGCCAAAUUCUUGAAGGAGCUUUGCACCACAAGGAGACAAAACCGUGAGAAAGAAGUGGUGAAUGUAAGUGAGAAUUUCUUUCUUAUAUAUGUGAGCCAUAUGAGUGAAUACGUUUUUAAGCAUUAG